AUGGCUGAGAUUAUCAGACCUGCACUUGGCCAGAAGGUCGCAAUCGGCACACUUUAUGAUGCACGGGUUGACCAAUUCCUUCCGUCUUCUAUCUUGCCCCCGAAUCUGCCACGAGGAAUUGUCUUGCGAGGCAUCCUCCCACCCGCCAACCAGCUCCAAAACUGGAUGUCUGAAGGUUCCGAUCAUGCGAGUCGAUUCAGAGCAAUGCGUGUUGAUGACAACCUCGCAGCAAGCAUUCUAUCUGGCUCAAUCGACCUCGAAAGAUCUGCCAACUUUCUGAAAGACAGCACAGCGGGUGAGAAUACACUCUGCGGCGCAGUCCGUCAUUUCUUCAAUACAUAUAAAGAUGUUCUAGACAUAAAUAGGGGGGCGUAUAGAACUGGAGGGGCUCCAGCAAUGUUUCUCCCGCCAGAUCCUCGCAGCACCCAUGUGGUCACCAGUGUCAGAUGGGGACUUCAGAACAUUCUGACCAUGAAGCACCGUAUAUCAUAUCCAAGUCAAAAAGUAGCCCUGAAACUCGCAUUCCAGAGAGACUUGAUGGAGCUGAACACAAUUGUCAAUUCCAUUUACUCGCUCGACUUCAGCGACGAUCAGGCAAGCCAGCGACUCGAGCUCGACUAUGAGUUCAAGCUCUAUACUGACAUCCAGAGGGAUCGUGGUAUUGGCAAAGAAACCCUGCCUGUCAUGUGCAGGUUUGUCCAGCUGGGCCCCCAGCAGAUUACACAUACUCCUGACGAAGCAGGAUACCCGUUGGAGUACACCUUGCAUCCCAUACAAGUCCUCCGCCAUCUAAUGCCCGGUGGGGGGCCUCGCCAAGCCCUGAGAGCCAUCACCAAUAUCGGCCCUUUCUUUACUCUUUUUGAUGAUUGGAAUGCUUGUGCAGAGAAACUUGAAGAGUACAGACACUCGCUCGUGGGGCGGGAGCAAUAUCUUGCAAGAAGUCACAUCGACGAAGUCGAUGCAGCAAUUGUUUUGCUUGAAACAUCUCGGAAGGAUCUCCAGAUGACACUGCAGAGAACUGUAGCAGGUAUCAAAGAUGGCACGGUGCAUGAACAUCGUCUCGAGUACCUACAUGCAGAUCACGAAUCGUCUGCCCGGCAGAUCUCUAUGAUUGCUGGUCAGCAAAGCGACAAGCUCAGAUUCAUCGAGCAAAGUCUCAACAGUGGAGCGACAUAUAUCGGUUUCAACGGCGCCUGUAUCAGCGAACGCACUCUGUCUCACGAUCCUCCCCCAUACCAAUUCCUCUUCAAUAAUGCCGUGCUCAAGAGCUCAAGUUCAUGGAAUGAUCAAUGCACAGCUCUGAGGGAGUUCCUUCACAACCCUCUAAACCACAACCAGGUGUUUAUAGUCGACUGCGAUGCCCCCUCUGAGUACAGAGAGUUGGAAGGCCCGAUCUUUGGCCCAAUACGAACGAUGCCGAAGCCAGUGAUUGAAGUUCCAGAGUAUCGAGAGAGGUCAGCAGAACGAAGGCUUCCGAUCAGGCAAUCCGGGCACCAGCAAGUGCCACAGAGGUGUGUCGCUCGUUGCGAUCCGGACGAGAUGGAUUUUGAGACACAAAGACCAGCCGAGCUCCGUCCAGUUAGGAUCCCCUGUCCCGGAAGAUCUUGUGACUCUCACUCGAGUUGCGAAUGGGCCUGCGUCAAUUGCGACACUCCUCUUGAGUUUGCGACAGUGACUGACCGCAUCUACUGCGAUUGUGGUUCAGCCGCUUACGACUCAUGGGACUUCAAAUGCAAUAGCGAUAGCCACGGGCGCGGUUUUGAUCGAUACCACUCGGAUGAACUUUAUCGACUCUUGACAAGAUCGAAAACACCUGAUUGCCGCAAUAUCCUGGUUCUGGGACAGACUGGUGUUGGCAAGUCAACCUUCAUCAAUUCCUUCGUCAAUUUCUUGACGUUUGAGAGUUUCGAUGAGGCGAAAUCAGCCCGAAAAAUAGAGUACAAGGUCCCUUGUUCUUUUUCAGUCAGUCACUGGAACUCUUCAGACCCAGAUCAGGAACUUGAGAACCGGACAAUCCGCGUUGGCUCUGGAGAUCAUGAACACGACGGUACCACCGGUGAUUCUGCGACACAGAGAACAUCGGUUUACAGAGUGACAUAUAACAAUACCAAAUACCGCAUAAUCGAUACUCCAGGUAUCGGCGACACUCGAGGUCCUGAAAUAGACAACAAGAACAUCAAGGACAUCAUGAACACUCUGAAAAAAUAUGAAGAGCUUCAUGGAAUACUGAUCCUAGUAAAGACUAAUGAAGCACGUCUUACCCCCACCAUUCAUUUCUGCUUUGAGGAGCUAUUGUCCCAUCUCCAUCGCAGUGCUGUUGCAAACGUCGUCUUUGGAUUCACACAUACUCUUAUCUCCAACUAUGCUCCAGGAGAUGCUCUCGGGCCGCUUCAACGCUUCCUGAAAGUCAAUACAACUGUUGACCUAACAGUAAGCCGCGCAAACACGUACAGCUUUGAUGCGAAAAGCUUUCAUUACCUGGCUGCGUACUUUCAAGGUGUCAGAGGCCAAGGCGAGAGAAGCUCCCGCGAGAGUUGGGAUAGAUCGAGAGCAGAAACUUUAAGGCUUCUUUCGCACAUAGACAACCUCAGACCACAUGAGAUCAGGCAAACUCUCACCAUGGAGGGCGCACGCGAAGCGCUUGGUCAUUUGAUGAUUCCCAUGGUUGAGGUUUCCCAGGAGAUCAGAAAGAAUUUGAGCCUUCUAGAAGAAAAGAGGGCAGAGUUGAAUGAUAUGCGCCUGACGGGAGAUGAACUACGAAAGAAGCUUCAUCUGGAAAGGAUCAAGGUUGUUCCUACAAAGCUCGAUAAGCCUCGUACUGUCUGCAAGAAUAAGCGUUGCUGCGAGUUCAAGUCCAAUUCCAACGGCGAGGUUGUUCCAUUCUACAGGUCAAUUUGCCACGAGGAUUGCAGACUACCAGGUGUUACCGAAGAGUGCGUGGGCCACCCAGAACUCAUUAAAUGCAAGGCUUUCAAGGAGACCAGAGAUAAUAGUUGUAGAAGUUGCAAGCAUAGCUGGCAGGAGCACAUGCAUUUCUUCUAUGAACUGCUCGAGAGCAAGGUCAAGGUCAAGGAUAAAGACGUUGAGCGACGCCUCCAAGACAACGCAAGCGAUAUGGCUCUACGACAAGAGGGUAUAGAGCGAGUUCAACAGCUUGAGAGGGAAUACAAAAGUGAACAGAAACAGCUACGAAAGGCCACGGCGCAGUUUGUUGCAUAUCUGAGAGAGCAUUCUGCCAAUGCCUUUAAUGAUGCGACUGAGAAGUAUUACGACCAACUCAUCAAGAUUGAGACAGGCAAGAUCCAGUACGGAAAGGACAACAGAAUAAACGUUGAUGUGAACAAGAUAAAGCUUAAGGGUUUGACAGAUGACAGAGACAGGCAUCUCGAGCUUGUCAAGACAAUCCAGGAGAACAUGCAUGCUCCUCGUGACCAUACGGAGGCGCUUCUAACUCAAGACUGGGUCGAGCAGCUCAUCAGGGAUCUGUACAAUCUUAAGCACUUUGGCAAGAGUUUGAGGGGUCUGAGAGAUGGCAUUACUCAUUACAAGGACCAUGACAAGCAGUCGCAUCAUCGUCGUCGGUCUCGGUCGCGAAGGUCUCAGAGUACUGAGACGCGUGAGGAUGUAAGUGACAGAUCGAGUCGAAGCAACGAUGAGCUUGAGAAAUCGAAACGGAACAGGGGAAUUAUUCGCGGCAUCCAUAAAUUUCUGUCCGAUUUCUAG